AUCUACUUGUAUUGCCCUUUUGUUCAUUGCACUUCUGUCCAAUGCACUUUGGUGCAAUUGGCUCGCUAAAAAGAUAAAUAUCAUGCUGUAUUUUGUUUCUGCGUCUUGGAAAUUUCCAACUCACUUCGACUUUUCCCAACAUCCUUAUACAAUCGUUAUAUUUGCUCUCAAUACCCUUAACCAUGUCCAGCUCUCAUAAUGAAAUGAUCGAGUCUCAAUUGCUUAAAGAAAGGAAAACUCGACAUGUACAGACAUGUAACGAGAGGUGGUUGAGCGUCAAAUCGGAAGCUUUCAAGCUUUACAUGCAACGAGACAUGCAACUUGAGGAAGUCAUGGCUAGAAUCGAGAUAUCGCAUGGUUUCACUGCAAGGUAAGAAGCACUCUAAACAACUGAACACACCACUGAUAAUAUUCUUAUAGCCUUAGAUCGUGGAAACUAAAACUGAAAGAAUGGCGCUACAAGAAGAACAUGUCGCCCAACACGAUGCGAUGGGUUGUGUCCAAAGAUGGGAAACGGGACCAUGAAACUAAGGACACAGACUUCUUCUUCAAUGGUAUUGAGAUCAAGAAAGAGAGAAUCGAAAACUUCAAACGGAGGAAAAUUGGAGAAGAACCAAUAAGCGCUGGUGAGACAUGUUACGUCCAGAAUACUUUUUAUAUAUAUUGACAGCCGAAGAACCCCUCCUGACAUUACUUAUGGCACACCGUGUCAUAAAGAUAGCGAAGAAAUGGGGGUAAGUUACCACUUUGAUAAACUGCAGGUUUCUUUGUGACUAACUCUCAAGGACUAUUAUGCCGAUUCACUUCGAUGUGUGUUGUCGUCGAUUUCGAUUUCAAGGGACGACGCGGGACACGGGUCGAAAGAUUCAUCAGAUGUCAAGACUCAGAGGAAUGACACGUCUACUCUGCGAUUAGAUGAAGUGCCGGUCAUAUCGAUGGUAGCUCGAUACCUCCAAAACGACCCAAAUGAGCCGGAUUCGUGGUCAACGGAAAAUUACAGUUUCUCGUAUAUAAAGAAUCUCAAUGACAUCAAUAUGAUUCUUGCUCCAGUGUCCCCUUCCGCUUCCUCUUCAAUUUUCGCUGUAGUCAACGCUUUGGACUCAGCUUCUGCAAUAGAUGAAGAUGUCUUUUGCGACAAGCUUUAUCUUGGCAAUCUAGUCAAAUACGAAGAUUGUGUUAUCCAGACACUAGAGCAAGAGUUCAAGCUAUCGAAGAUUGACAAAGAAGGCGGACGACGCUGCCUUGAAAUUGUGGAUGAGGAAGGCCCCAAGGUGAUUGCUCAGGACUUCCUCAGUACUGUAUAUCUCAAUACCUCUCGCCCGAGAACAGCAACCUCAUCCUUUUUCUUGGCUCUCACCGACUUCAUAGUCGACUUCGACUCUACUACAUCCGAAUCGAACGAUAUCCGCCUUGGGAUAAUUCAAGACAUCUUUACUAUGUUUGCCUCAUGCAAUUCGUCGAAGUGGGCACGGCUUUCUUCGUGUAUGCGGCAGAUGACGGAUACAAUUAUCGAAGCUGUUGCAGACGGAGACACCAAAAAGAGUUUAAAAAGACUUUUCAUCCACGGGUUUUCUUUCGCGCGCGAAUUAUCUGUUUUUGUCGAUGUCGUCGAAAUAGCAGAGGAGAUGUAUGAGUCUUUACUCAAACACUCUUCAACCAUAAAUGUGGAUCUUUAUGGAAUUGAAUUAGCGAAGGCUUAUCGAGAGUAUGGAAAUCUUUUGAAAGGAAGGGAUUUAUGGUCGGAUUACUGUGAGCAAUUGCUUCUGGCUUGCGAUUUUGCCCUUUAA